AUGGAUGAAGAAGUAAUAAAAUCACCAACGUCCAAUCUUGAUCAGUUUUUGAUCACAUUAGAAAAAUGUAUUAUAAAUACCAAUUGUAAAAUAUCAACGUAUAUUUUUGGCGACUUAAACAUUAAUUUAUUAAUUAAUGACAACAGAACGGAACGAUAUGUUAAUUUUAUGGCUAUGAAUUAUUUUUAUUGUUGUAAUGCCCGUAUUGUUACUAGAAAUAUUAGUCAAACUUGUAUUGACCAUAUAUUUACAAAUAACUUAACUGAUAAAAUUGAGAUCUCACAUGCUGAAAUUGAUUUAUUGGAUCAUAAUGUUAUGCUGGUAGAAAUAUUUGAACAUAAAAUUCAUACAAGUUUAGUGAGCCCUAUAAAUAACGAAAAUAAAAUUACGAUAAUCAAUAAUAAAGCUGUAUAUAAUUCACUACUAAGAAAUCCUAUUAUUAUUGAUAAUGUUAAAAGUUGUGACGUUGUAUUAACUGAUUUUGUUCAUGAGAUCCAAUGUAGAGUUGUAAAAGCAUCAAGCCUCAAGUCGAUGAAAUCAAAAAAUGAAAAGCUUUGGCUUGACAGCGAAUUAAUUAUAGCAUUGGAAACUAAGCAGUUUUGGUACUCUAAAUGGAUUAAAGAUAAAACGAACACUAACCUUGAAAGGCAGUAUAAAUAUUUCAGAAACAGAUUUACAAGCUUAAAAAGAAACAAAAGAUAUAAUUUUUAUAUAUACAAGUUUACAUUAAAUCAGGAGUCCUUGUCAAAGACAUACGGCUGUAUUAAUGAAAUUCUUUAUGGUAAUAACAGGCAAAAGAAUAAUGUUGAUUUAUUAAAAGGCUUAACUGAUUCACAGGCUGUUAAAAAAAUCAACGAGCUCAACAGACACUUCGCCAAUAUGUGCAAAAUAUUAGCAAAAAAAUACUGUGACAAACUAUAUACACCGUCAAAAACAAGAAGCACAUAUGAAUUUCAACUAAUUACAGAAAGUCAAGUAUUCAACACUAUUAAAUCACUCAACAACUCAAAUUCAGUCGAUUCUUUAAAUAUGUCCACAAAUAUGUUGAAAGCAUAUUUGCUAAAAAUUUCCAGAGUGGUCCCCAUUUUUAAGUCGGGCAAUAAGGAUGAUCUAAACAACUAUAGACCAAUUUGUAUUGCGACGGUACUGUCCAAAGUUAUGGAGAAAAUAGUCAACGGACAGUUGUCAUCUUUUCUUGAAAGGCUUGGUUUGUUGUCAAAGAGGCAACAUGGCUUUAAAAAAAAGUCCAGUACCGAAUCUGCUUUAGUCGACAUGUUAUCUUAUGUUCAAAAAUUUAAAGAUAAUAAAAGAAUGGUGGCUAUUGUAUUCCUGGAUCUGACGAAAGCAUUUGACACUGUUGACUAUGACAUAUUGCUGAAAAAAUUACAUAGCUUUGGAAUUCGCGGAGCAAGUCAUAAGUGGUUUCAUUCUUAUCUAAAUAGUCGCAUCCAAUUUUGUCAAAUAGGGACUACAAAAAGCCAGAAUGAGUCAAUUUCUUAUGUAGUACUGCAGGGUAGUGUUCUAGCGCCUUUAUUGUUUUCAAUUUAUAUGGAGGGAAUAGAUCAAGUUGGCAUAAAUGCAGAAAUAUUCCUUUUCGCUGAUGACUUAUGUUUAGUGUUUAAUGAUAUCAAUUAUUACAGCUUAGAAAAGAAAAUCAACGAAAACCUAGCAAAGCUUGAGCAUACCGAAUUUAUUCAUAGCCAAAAUAGGAUAUUAUUGGUACAAGAUUUUAUUAAAUACAAACUGACCUUGUAUAUUCACGAUAUCUCUAAUGGAGAAUUACAUUCUACCACUCAACUUACGACAAGAAGUGAUCAUCAUGAAAUCAAUACAAGAAGCAAACAACAGAUUCAUCUCGCCAAAAAGAACACAACAAAAUUUGGAACAUCAACAUCAAUCUAUAAGGCAAUCAAAUUAUAUAAUGAAAUUCCUGAAAAUAUGAAGACACUCGAUAAUUAUAAACUAAAAAAGAAUCUUCGAGAAACAUAUAUUAAUAAUUAUAGUAGAGUAUCUAUUAACUAA